UUGUUGUUUAAGGCUUUAAUGAUCAUCAUAAUGUCUUUACAAAAAUACGUCCUUAAUCAUAUCAGAGUAAUUCUCUUUUUCUUAAGAAGGUAAUAUUUCUGAAACUAGAUUUGGUUCUGGUAUAUCUCACUUUUAGGCAUUCCAAAAAUUUUGAUUUUUCGAUUUCUCGCGGUCACGGGUGACUAAGUAAUUAGUUGUCGUAAUUAGUCUAAUCUAAUAUUUUUCUUCUUCUUAUUAAAUUUGCAUACGAGGGCUGCACUAAAAGUAUCUGGAAUGGAAUAUUUCCAUUGUUCCUGUCAUAUUAAAAUCUUUUUAAUUGAAAACUCCUUGGUUUUUAAAAUCGAAUACCAUUUAUUUAUUUUAAAAAAGAUUCUCGGUCUUGUCACGAGGUUUUGUCAAACUUGUUUAGUCGUUGAGAAAAUGGAAUUGACUCGAGAAAAUUCAAGAGCGAUGAUUUAUUAUGACUUUCGAAGUGGUUUAACACAAAAACAGUGUGUUGACCGGAUGAUUUCUGCAUUUGGUGAUGAAGCCCCAUCUAAAACCACAAUUUAUCGCUGAUUUGCUGAGUUUCAACGUGGACGUGUCAAGCUCAGUGAUGAUCCCCGUCACGGUCGUCCAAAAACUGCAGUCACCCAAGAAAACGUUGUUGCUGUGCGUAAGCUGAUUGAGGAAGAUCGACAUGUGACAUAACGCGAAAUUCAGACAACUUUAGACAUUGGCAUGAGUUAAAUACAAAUAAUCUUGCAUGAACAAUUAGGUGUAAAAAAGUUGUUUUCCCGAUGGAUACCGCAUUCGCUCUGUGAAGAGCAAAAAGCGGCUCGCAUUACUUGGUGCGUCAGAACUCUCGAAAUAUUCUCGCAGGAUCCUCAAAUGCUGUAUACAACAUUGUAUCAGGUGACGAAUCCUGGAUAUACGCGUACGAACCCGAAACAAAAAACCAGUACGAGUUUGGGUGUUCGAAAAUGAGUUAAAGCCAACAAAAAUUGUUCGUUCACGGAGUGUUGCAAAAAAAAUGGUGGCCACGUUUGUCUCCAAAACCGGCCAUGUUACGUCUAUUCCUCUUGAGGGACAAAGAACGGUUAAUGCAGAAUGGUAUGCUAGCAUUUGUUUGCCACAGGUCGUUUCUGAACUCCGUAAAGAGAACUGCAACCGCCGCAUCAUCCUCCAUCACGACAAUGCGAGUUCUCACACCGCGCACAGAACAAAAAAGUUUUUAGAGCAAGAAAACAUAGAAUUAUUAGACCAUCCGCCGUACAGCCCCGACCUAAGCCCUAAUGAUUACUAUACUUUCCCUAAAUAAAGAAUAAAUUGCGUGGACAGAGAUUUUCAUCACCUGAAGAAGCUGUAGACGCCUAAAAAACGGCCAUUUUGGAGACCCCAACUUUCGAAUGGAAUGGUUGCUUCAAUGAUUGGUUCCAUUGUAUGGAAAAAUGUGUUAAAUUUCGCGGAGAAUACUUCGAAAAGCAAUAAAUACAUUUUUAAAUAGUAAUGUUGUGUCACUUCGUUAAUUCCCGAAAUUUUCAGUGCCGCCUAUGUAAUAUCGUCUGUUGCAAUAGUUAUAAUAAAAUGGAAGACAUUUGACAAAAAGCUGAACCAACCUAGUGACGUUUAAAAUUUAACUUACCAUUAUAGACAAGUUCUAAAUAAAACAUGUGGAUCCUAAGUCUACCAAGCAAAGAAGCCAGAUCUUAAUUUUCUAGUUUUCUUUACAAAUUAAUGAACCGUGGACGUCCUCAUGCUCACCCAUCAUACGUCUGAGAUAAAUUUAAUACAGCUUCUUUUAUUUUAAAUAUGACAUAAUAGGCAAUUAUUCUUGAAUGUCUUAACUAUUAAUUUUAGUCAAGGCUUUUAUCAAAUACGUGUGAAAAACAUUUUCAAACAUUUGUCUUGGCGGAAACGGUGCAAUGUUCCACGUUCACAAUGGCUUCUGUGCUCUUCACAUAUUUGUAUCGAGCCUCUUCAUUGUAUGCACUAAGCCAGAUUUACUGACACUUUAUUGUGGGCAAAUAUGCUUCCAACUUUUCUCGACUGAAUUGUACCUCGACGUGGCUACACUCUGUUUUUUUUUUCUUUUUUCCUGCAACACGGGACGUUUUGCUUAUGUGUUUGUAGUUCAUAGAAAAGUUGUUUUAAAGCUUAAUUUAAUAUGGGUAUGAUGUUUUUAUUAGCUUAAGUAUGAAACUGAUGUAUAGCCUCUUGAAGUUAAACCAUCAGCGGAAUCUCUGGAAGACAUAACGGGAAUAGCUAGUUUAAGACAAAAUGGAGGGUCAACCACCAUUUUAUAAGAUCAGUUCUAUCAUUCGAAAGGGAACGCGCAAUUUUGCGACGAAAUAAGUAUGAUUGUGGUAAGCUUAAGUAAGGUUGUUAUGUGUAUAAGAUUAUUUAAAUUAUGUAUAUCAUCAUGAUGAUGAAAUUUGAACUAUAAAUAUACUAUAUUAUAGAAUACAUGUAUAUAUUAUAUUUAUCGUAACUAUAUAUUAAAACAUUACAUUACUAGCAAUACCCAAAUUAAGAAUGACAGAAAAAAUUUUGCAUCCCGUUUUGUACUAUUUCUAGAACAUGACUUCACUUAAUAUAAAUUCUAUCAGCGGGAAAUAGGUUUUUUUUUAUGAAAGGCACCCUAAUUUCUAUUCUAUACUGCUGACAAGGUGUUUGAGUUUCCAAAUUUCGUGAUGAUUGGAUCGUAACACACAGCCUGGAAUGCUCAUCGUUACCGGUAGACAAAAGGCAAAAGACAUAGCGAUCGAAGCCGAAGGGGUGGUCUGAUCACGUGAUUUAGCAGCUAGAUUUGCCUGCUAACGUACCUCUCCACGAAGUAAACGACAGAAAUAAAUGGGGAGAAACAGCAACAAUAUUACAGAAAAGUCAAGAUUUUUUUUUCUUAGAUGGGUGGACGAUCUCACAGCCUACCCGAUGUUAAGUGGCUACUGGAGCCCAUAGACAUCUACAACGUAAACGCCUCCCACCUUGAGAUAUAAGUUGUAAGGUCACAAUGAUAGUUACAACGGCUGCCCCACCAUUCAAACCGAAACGCAUUACUGCUUCACGGCAAAAAUAGGCGAGGUAGUGGUACCUACCUGUGCGGACUCACAAGAGGUCCUACCACCAGUAAAAUGAUCCUAUACAAUGAAGGAACCACCGAGAAGAAGAACAAAAGUGUCAAUUACGUCAAUGUUGGUCUUUCGAACGACAAACACGAAAAACGCAAACAAAUAUUUUGAAACUCAAACUUACAUUAUUUAUGGCUUCAGCCACAUAAAUUACGACAACGUCAUUAGACUUGAAACAAAAGACUGGUUUUUCUAUAGGCCCGCGAAUCCUUAAAAGUGGAACAAAACAACGUAAGAUUUAAAAAUGAAUCGCUUGGCAAGUGAUCGGUGAAAACGUAUCGAGCAAGCCAUAAAUAUUACUGAAGGUUAACAUAGGUCAAAAUCACAUGAUCGCCAACUCACAUCACCUCAAUAUAAACUUCCCGAUUCUACCUUGUUCGUUUAAAUGUCUAUUUAAAGAUCACAAGACUGACCUGUGUUUAUACUUGAAUAAAUAUUUAAUCAUGUUUACCUGUGCUGCUUAGAAUACCUGAUAACAUUCCGCGUCAACGUGCAUUGAUGAAUGCGCUCAAUAAAUUGAGUCAUCAGUAUUGACGUGCCAACGGUCGGGAGACAUCAAUAUAGAAAAUUACCGUUAAACCAGGUCACGCCUUGCCACGACUGUCAUUUAAUUAACGAAAAAUUUACUGACGCACGACACUUAUCUUCAUCGAUGAUACUAUGCUGAAGUUUUUCGAGAUUCGAAGAUGCGGAGUCGCAUGGAAAAAGCCAUGGCCAAGCUGAAUCAUGUUUCUCUGUUAGGCAAAAGAACGCAGAUCUCAAUUGCAUAUGUGCUUAACCGUAUCUACUUUGUACACCUCAAAAUGUAUAACAAUAGCUUAACGUGAACGGAAAAUAUGUAAUUCUCUAUGUAAUUAUAUCUACGAAUGUGUAGCAUAAAUUCAGUUGGUGAUUGCUCGCGCUAUACCCGCGUCCGUAGGCAAGGUCAGGUGCAUACAUCGGUUACGGCCACCGACCUUGAGAUGUAGCCGAAGUCUCAAUUAUAGUGAAUAUGUUUGUUUGACAUUUAGCUUAAACGCUCCGAAUAACACCGACACGAUGCUUUAAAAAAAUAUAUAUAUUAUUCCAUAAAACGACAAAAUAAAAUAAAUAGGUUUACAUAACUUUAUAAUUACACAUAAAUUGGCUGUUGAUUUGAUAGAAAAUGGUGAAGCUUUUUUUUUUCCGGGCCGGGGUCGAACCUCCUACGAGGUCACCGCACCUAGGGGGCGCGCGGGGUAUGUGAGACUCAACGAUCUGCAGGUGUUGAGAGCAGAUCGUGGGCCCAAGGAUUUUAGGGCCCACCCACUAAACGACUCCCCUGCACUCUUACACCCGACGUCCGAUCUCCGUCCGGGGUCAGAACCCGGUCAGACUAGGGGUGAAGCUAGCUGAACCUAUUUUAAAAUGUUGAACUGUCUAAAAUACGCUAUGAUGUUGUCGUGUCAUCAAUAAAAUGUAGCAGAUUAACAAACACAAAAUAAUGACAACCUGGCUCGCUUCCACACGAAUCCUAGGAAAUUUAUACCUUUGUUUUGUCUUUUCGCUUGACAUUCGUUACAAACGGCUUUUGAACAGUUAAAUAACAACGCUUUAUGUUUCGUGUGUCAUCUCAAUCACAAAACGGAACCGCGACUUAAUUUAUUCAAGUCAGCGCGUAUUAAGAGACUAAUAUAUCAGCUUGACGUGAAGCCAUUGAAAAAAUUUCAAUUGAAAUUCGCUCGGCAAACGAGACAAUAUCUAGACUUCAAAAGAAAAAAAUGCGCCAUUUGGCAAACAAUUUGAAAGCAACAAAGAUUUUUUCGAUACAAUGCAUGGUCAAAGUAUUGACAGAGAAUCAUUGGCAGCGCGUCUCGUGGACGCAACGCUUGCGACAGUCAGGUGGGGUCGAAGGGAGAUAAAUCGGGAGGCUGCUCACGCUACCAGGGGACGCGCUAAGAUACACAGUCGUACACGAACGAUCAUCCACUGCGCACGUUUCUACAACCCCAGUUAGACUACCCUUUUACGAGAUGUGGGAUGACGUAGAGGACGAAACUCCAGAGCAGCCCGAACCGGUGCCCGAGGAGGCCCCGGCUGCUUCUGAAGCCGAACCCGGUAAGGAGGGCGCCCAGCAAGCCAAGCCUGAGGAAGCCGAACCUCCACCACCAGAGAACCCCAACGACUCAACAGAGCCUAGGCGGCUUGUAUUCAAGCACUGGUGCAGGCCGAAGUUCCUCCAGUACAACUACAUUUACGACUACCAAAAGAACUACUACGAUGACCUGAUCACGUACUUGGACCGAAGGAACAAGGGACAACGUGUCGAGCCGCCGCGGGCGCAGACCUGGGGCGAGCGCGCCCUCCGGACCUACUUGGCCAACAGACCGAUUACCUACACCCAAAAAUCCAAAAACCAAGAUCAAUCGUUACUCCAUCACAUUUCCGUAGGCGCCAAGUUCCAGCGUUACCACACGAAGUCUCUUAUCUCGAGGAAGUAUUCUAAUCUCGGAUUCACCAGCGUCUCCAUCUAGCUUCGCUUUGAAACCCUCGCUAAAGAUUGCUUCGCGGAAUCGGUUCCGGUCAACAAGCUUGACCUUGUUCUCAAUGUUACAGGAUCUCGCUGUCAUGAUGCAGACCCAGCUUCCCAUGGACCGUUAACUGUGUAUGAUCGGAUGCCGUCCGCAUUCCUAAAAUAUAAUUUAAACUUGUCUUAUUAUGGGUAAGACAAUAAAUACUUUUAAGUUUA